CGGCUCCGGCCGCCAAUGGCUGUGGAGCACGAAAGGCUGUGGCUACCAAUGGGUGGCGGGGGCCAGCCCCUGGCAGGGCUGAAUCGGGCCCGGAAAUCCCAGUCGGCCCAGUGGGAGCGGGYUGUGACGCUGGGCGAGAUGCGGGGCAAGGACGAUGAGUACGAUUAUCUCUUCAAAGUUGUGCUCAUCGGGGACUCCGGGGUGGGGAAGAGCAACCUGCUCUCGCGUUUCACCCGCAACGAGUUCAACCUGGAGAGCAAGAGCACCAUCGGCGUGGAGUUUGCYACCAGGAGCAUCCAGGUGGACAACAAGACGGUGAAGGCUCAGAUCUGGGACACGGCCGGGCAGGAGCGGUACCGCGCCAUCACCUCAGCGUAUUACCGGGGKGCUGUGGGGGCUCUGCUCGUCUACGACAUCGCCAAGUACCUGACGUAUGAGAACGCRGAGCGCUGGCUGAAGGAGCUGCAGGACCACGCYGAUGCCAAYAUYGUCAUCAUGCUGGUGGGCAACAAGAGCGACCUGCGGCACCUGCGGGCAGUGCCCACCGAUGAGGCCAAGAGCUUUGCAGAGAAGAACGGGCUCUCCUUCCUYGAGACGUCUGCUCUGGACUCCACCAAUGUGGAGACGGCUUUCCACAACAUCCUCUCGGAGAUCUACCGCAUCGUGUCCCAGAGGCAGAUGACCGGGCAACCGGAAUCGGAGUUUGGCCCUUCCACCACCAUCGAGCCCAUCCGAGUGCUGCCCACRCAGCAGGAGAGCCGGCAGGCGCCCUGCUGCCAGAACAUCUGAGCCCCUGGGGUGCCCCCACCUCAUCCCCCCACCACCCAGCACAUGGUGGCAUCGCCUGUGUCACCCUCUGCUCGUGCCCGUGGCUGCUUUCGUGUCACACUGCCCGUGUGCUGCUCCACCUGUGCUUGUGUAGGACCUACAAAAACACGGGGAGCCAAAGCAUCGGGAUGUCCCCCUUCUCUCCCCAAGUUGGGGGCAUGCCACCCUGUGUUUCUGAUCCCUUUAGCCCUGCAGGCACAGCCACCAGGUGACUGGGUGGCACCGAACAAGCCCGAACACGGCGAGUCCCUGUGAGGUGACGAGUCCCUGUAAGGUGACACCCUGCCUGCAGCCCCACGGGGUGGGUGGGGAGGGGGACACUGGGUGCACCCUUCUCUUCUGCCCAGUGAAACCAGCAGUGAUGCUGCUGCUUGUGCCCAGACCUGUCCCUGCGGCAUCGAGAGCUGGGAGUGCCCCCAGGCGCUGAUGGGGACAUCCGGGGUGGGGUGUGGGGAUGACAAUGUCUCUGUGCUGUGACCCCAUUGAGGCAUCACCCCAGCAAAGGGUAAAGCUGGGACUGUUUUACCCUUUACCCCCAGCAAAGGGUAAAGCUGGGACUGUUCCAUGGAAAGAAAUGGGAGCAGGGGCUGGGGGCUUUUGCAGAGCCCCGAAAAGGGGACAAGGGGGGGCACAGGGAUUUGGGGGCUGAGGGUCAGGGCAGGGAUGAGGUGCUGAGGGUGGGUGCAGUCCCUGCAUGGGAGCCACUGUCACCUCUGGGGUCCGCUGGGCUCCAGCUGUGAUGAUCCCCUGGCAUGGCCUGGCCCUUCCCUGCUGGAGCKUGUGGCCACCGUGGCUGGUGGCACGGCUCAGCCUGGGGACAUGCCACCAAUGGGUGGAGUGUCUGCUGCCUUGGCAGGGUGACAACAGCCCUGUCCCCUGCCUGGGGCCACCCCCAGGGCAGGCACCACCCAAGAUGCUGGGACAGACUGUGCUGAGCCCMRU